UGUCGACGGGUGGCGUUUUCCGAAUUUUUGAUGGCAGAAGUACCCUGUGCCCCUGUUUAGGGAGUUUUGUCCCCGGAGUGACCUAAGACUUGGCAAAGAGACAGGGAUGAACGAGAGCAGUAUAUACGAGAUGGACUCACGAAAAGUUGUAUCAUUUUCUCUUACUGCCUCCACAUCUUCUCACGUCUCCUCUCCUUCAUUUGCUUCCCUCGGUGCUCCGUCUUCACCUCACCGUUCUCCACUUCCCCCUACUUCUUCUCCCGGCGCUCUGACUGGCCUCUCUCCGCUGGCCUCUCUGUCCCUCCACGAUGGCCGACCCGGCUGGAGGGAGGAUCUGUGAUUCGCCGAUCUCACCAGAAACGCAGCGAGUUUUGGCCGGCACGCAGUCACGAGUCGUUGUUUCUCCUUCGGACCUUCCUCUCUCUGCAUGUUGGCCUCCGCGCUCGACUUGUUCCCUGCCUGCGGCGUCGGGAGAAAACGGUUUCGCCGUCUCAGCGCUUCUCAGACCUGGUGAUGAAGAAGAAAGGCUAGAGGGUAGCGAAGAAGAAGGCGAGCGUGAGAAAGAUGUCUGUUUUCCAUCAGCUCAGAUCGUCACCGUGUCUCCUCCGCCGUCUGGAUUCACACCGCGAGCUGCUCGGGCCACCGAAGAAUCGUUCGACAGCUCCUUCUCUGUCUCGUGCUCUUCUCCCCUGUCUCGCGCUUCUUCUCCUUCGGAUCUUGCGGAGACGUAUGCGCCCUCUUCUGACUCCGUUUCUGUUUUCUCGCUGAUAGGAGCAGCGGAAGAGAGGAUUCGUUUGUUGGACCGCGUGGUUCUCCUGGCGCUGGUGUCUCUCUCAGCCGCUGCGCCUCACUUCUUCCGCCAUGCUCUUACCACCUUCCAGCUCUUCUUCACGCGGGACCGUCGCCUUCAGUACUCCGACUUCUCACACGGAAUUCUCUUCUCGCUCCUUGAACUCCCAGCCGUGCCGGCCUCUCUCUUGGCGGGCUUCUCGUGCUCUUCUCGUCACGAGAAGACCCGGCGGGGGGAACCUCACGGGAAGGUGACCGGCGGCGGCGCGGACAAAGAGGAAGGAGAACGCAGGGGUGGAAGAAGAACCGUAGAGGAGAGGGAAGAGGAUGAUCAAAGAAAAGAGAAACACAACGGAGGUUUAGUUGGGGAUUUUGUUGAGGAGCCAAGGGACAGAAGUGAGGUGCAACACAGUGGCGGAGAUCCAUCUGCCUCGGCUAGUCUGGCGGAGAAGUCGGGUGCCUUCUCUCUCUCCCACCUUUCCCGUCAGUCGCGUACUCUUGUUCAACAUUCACAACCUGUCCAUCCGUGUCCGGCAUACUCCUGGCGUUCUCCUGAAUCGUCUUCCUCUCUUUGUUCGUCUUCUUGCUCUCCGCCACGGUCUGUUCUUCCUGCCAGUUCCCCCGACUUCGUCUCUUCGUCUAUGGCGAAUGACCAAGCGUCGAAGAGGCUGCUCUUAUGCGCUGCGCUGUGCUGGACAGGGCAACUUUGUUUCGGAAUCUCCAUCUCAGUUUUCGCUUUUCUUCCAGGUGCUUGGCUGUCCGUUAUCCUCGCCGGCGCGGGCGGGGCUGCGCUCGUCGUCCUUCAGCGAUCUGCCCUUGUCACGCUGUUUCCAUCUUCACCUGCAGGGUGUAUGGCCUUCAGUGUCGCAUGCAGUGCAGUGGCGAAGACUCUCGGGCGCGUAGGGCCGGUGUUUGUCGCCUCCCUUCUCUCUCAUCUGCCGCCGCACGAAUUUACACAAGAGCGCGAAGGUUCGGGAGAGGAAGAUCAAGACACUCUGUUCGCGUCCUCUUCUCCUCGCUCUUCGUCUCUGCCUUCCGAUUCUCCUGUAGACACGAGAGAAUUCGACUACAGAGGACUGGUUGUCGGCACCACUCUCGUCAGUGGCGUAAGUGUGCUAGCGGCUUGGGGUGUCACACGAGUCGUGAGAAGACUGCUGAUUGCGCUCCUCGCUCAGGCAGCGACGCGACAAGGGGAAGAACCGGAAGAGGAGACAAACGUAGGCGAACGCGAGAGUAAAGCAGUGGAAAGAAAGCAGUGUUGGCGAGGGCAAGACCGUCUCGCAGAGCCGCUCCUCGGUAGCCACACAACACACCCCGAGAGAAGCAAAGAGGAAACGAGAGCGGGGACUUUCGGGGAGGAGGGCGGAGAUGGCUGCUCUCCUGGACACUGUUGUGGGCGGCAUGCGCGAACGCUCAAAGACCAAGCAGGAGACCAGUCAAAAGCUCCUUCGACUUUUCACCCUUCCCCUGCCGAGGACAGUUCGGGACCCGCUUCUCGUGUCCACCGUCAAUUCUGCCCCGAAACUGUAUCGUACGACGUCCGAUUAUCCUUCCCUUGUUUCUCUUAUCCCUCGCAUGCCGCUUCUUCGUCUUCCUCGGCUUCUGCUACUGUUGCGACGCCACCAUGUGUGCCUUCUCCACCGUCGACGGAGUUCGAGUUGCGAGAGCAAGCGUCCCUCCUAGUGCUGUCAAACGGAGGCAGGCGAAGAAGAGAGCCACGGGAGAGAGAGCACUUUUCAGAGCAAGCAACGACAGAUUUUGAUCGGAGAGGGACAGAAGAAGACGGAGACAGCGAGAAGGGAACUGGAUAUGGAGCGGAGAGACAAGAAAGAAGGAGACGAAGAAGGCAGGACCCUGUGGCGCUGUGUCUGUGUUCCUCAAGGCAGAAGACGACGAACCGGAGCAGGGCAAAAAAGAGACCGACAGAGAGAACAGGGAAGAUACUUCAAGAACACAGUCUCCGAAUGUGGUGCAGACAAGAGAAACGAGAAGUUCGGGAAAAAAUUGGAAAGCUGGGGAGAGAGUUUUGGUCUCUUGUUAUUCUUCAUGCGCUUAUCGUGGCGGUCGGCCACUGCUUCCUCUCCUUUUCUUCCAGCAUCUUUCACCGCGUGUACAAGGCCAGUAUCACGCAUGCUGCUGUCUAUGCAGCUCUCAUCACUGUUACCACCAUUGUCCUGCUUCCGGCCCUCGCGUAUCUCAUCGAUCGAAUAGGUGGGAGUUUGUUCCUCGUCGCCGUUGGAAUGCUCCUCAUGUGGCUCGUUUUCUGUGGAACCAUUUCACUACAACCCUCUCCUGUGUCUCCCUCUCCUGCGUCUUCUCUUGAGCCGGGUUCGUCCGCUUCUCUCAAUCCUUCCCUCUCGGCUUCGUCUUCUUCCCUGGUAGCUUCGUCUGCGCCAUCUUCUCGUCACGUCCUGCCUCUUUCGGUCGGUGGCGUGUUUUCUCGACCUUCCGGUGGAGAACCGGGAGAAAAGGAGAGGCGCGAAGAAAGCAGCUGGGCCGCGCUGACGGCUAUCCUGUUGGGCUGUGCGGAGGCGCUUCUUCCCACGGUUCUCAUGGCACUUGUUGCCGACAAAGUGGUGUAA